AUGAGCAAUGAAUCAACUAUUGAACCGGACACGCCUCCUGCUGAUGACAGAAUGAAAUCGCGAGACACUGCAGACAAAGAUGGUGGUGAAACACAUAAUGGCAAGAAGGAUUAUGGCAAAGUAAAGCACUGGGUAGAAGUUGAGCAAGGCAUCCCUGUGAAAUCCUUCACUUCGUACACACUCAACCUGUCGGGAUGGGUACGGGAGGAUCAAAAGAAAGAGGUCAAGGAUGAAAGAAAGGAUACAAGUGAUAAAUGA